AUGGCAUGGUGGACCGAAGCGAGGUUCGGGCGCUUUUUUCGUCUUCUUUAUGCUUGGGUACAUGAAGAGAGGACCGGUGCACCUAACUCUUCGAUAUGUCGAUACCUGAGGGAACAUUCAAAAUCAACCGAUGGGAGAACCACCCGAGAAGCCUGGUGCGUAAACCCCGUGGACCACAACCGUCGAGUUAAAUAUCACGUGAGCAUGAACACAGUGACAAGCGGGCGAGCGCGUGAUGAAUGCAAGAUGUCAGAAUUCGAUGCUCUUUACCUGAGCGGUGGUUCAUCGACGAAAAAGAUUCGAUUAAAGAAUACGUCACCCGACUAUCAUCAUCCCGAGCAGAGAGUACAGACGACUGGAAAUGUCGACCACACCGACAUCCCGGGAUAUUUUGUUAUCUUGGAAAAUGUAUUUGGACUUAUAGGAACCGUAUUCUGGUCGUUUCAACUGGUGCCUCAAGUGUACAAGAAUUGGCGCAGUAAAUCGACCAGGGGUCUAUCGGCAGUCAUGAUGUUGUUAUGGACAUUUUCAGGAAUAUCCUAUGGAAUCUACGCUAUAAUCAUUGAACUUUCCAUCCCUCUGAUGAUUCAACCACAGCUCUUUGGCGCAAUAUGUUUAAUUUGUUUCACACAAUGUCUGUACUAUGAACAUCCAAAAUUUGUUGGAAGAAAAGCGAAAAGUGGGUUUAUGUUCCUUACCAUCGUACUAAUUUCGGCUGUCGUUCAAACGACUGUUAUCUAUGGGAUUAAAGCGGCAAGUGAUCGAGAUAUAAGAUGGCCAGAAACACUCUGUGGAAUUAUCCCGGUAGUAUUUAUAAUCACCGGGUUUAUACCACAAUACUACGAAAUUUAUCGCAAAGGAUUAGUAUGUGGAAUUUCACUAUUGUUCAUGACAAUCGACAUACUUGGCGCGAUUUUUUCCACGAUCAGUUUGGCCUUCAGGCCGCCUCCGUUUGACACGCUGGCUUCAGUAUGUUAUAUAUCCGUAUUCAUACUUGAUUCUAUCAUCGUGUUAUUAUACUAUCUGUUAAAGUGGUUACAUGAGAAAAGGACUCUUGACACUAAAGGUGAAGAAACACGGGAAUACGAAAAAGAAGGUGUUGUAAUAGAUUUGGUGAACGAGGAUGAUUGGACAGUAAAGAGAGGAGAGAAUGGAAAUGGAAGCAAUGUCUUUGACGGAGAAAAUGAUAAAAUUGAAGAAAAAUUCGGGUAG